AGAGAGGCRCGCGAGAGAGGCAGGGAAACACACAGCCUGGGGCGCGCGAGCCGGGGGAAGGAGGCGCGCGCGAGAGAGAGAGGCAGGGGAACGGAGACUGGGGUGCGCAAGCCAGGCAAAGGAGGCAGGCGCGCGCGAGAGAAGCUGGGAAACAGGCAAGGAAGGGAGGGGGGCAGGCGCGCGCGCGAGAGAGAGAGGAAGGGAAACACACACAAGAGACUGGGGCGCGCGAGGCAGGGAAACAGACUGCGCGCGAGGGGGCGUGACGUCACUCCACGUUUUCUCUCUCUCUCUCUUCCCCUCAGAGUGAAGUUAGCGCGCGCGAGGGAGGGAGGGAGAAGGAAGAAGGCGAGGCGAGCGAAGGAGGGAGGGAGGCCGGCCUCUGGUUUCCCCCGCAUCCUGCCUCCAUUUCUCCUCAGGCGAGCGUCAAAGCGGGAGCAUCCUCUCUUCCUCCCAUCUGUGUGUGUCUCUCUCUCUCCACCUGGCGCAGAGGCGGAGGGAAAGCGGAGAAAGGGGCCGGGCUUGGGCUUUUUUUCCGCUCUUGCCCGCCCUCAGAGGCGUUGUCUCCCGGAGUGCGGCAUCACUAGAAACAGAAGCAGCAACGGCUGCUCCGCUUAAAGCGCCCAGGCACAGCCUUGCGCCCUUUCUCGUUCCCCUCGCGGAGCAGCAGCCGCAGCCAACAUGGAAGGGAAGGCGCCUCACACUCCUCCUCCGGCGAGGCUCAAGGCUGCCCCCGAAGCUGCCCGGGAGGACGCCGCCGAGGAAGACCCUUCUUCUGCUGCUGCUGCCUCUUUGGGGCGGCCCUUGGGACCCACGCCGAGCCAGAGCCGCUUCCAAGUGGACUUAGUGGCGGAAAACGCCGCCAAAGAGGGGAAGGGGAAGGAGGAAGAGGAAGCGGCGGCCCCGAGGGCGAAGAAGGACGCCAAAGGCGACGGCGAGGAAGCCAAGGGCCGGUUCCGGGUGAACUUCGUGGACCCUUCUUCGGCCGCGGACGAUGGCUCGGGAGACGUCGGGGUUGGGCUGGAAGGGUGCAACGUCAGCUUCCAAAACGGCGGCGACACGGUGCUGAGCGAAGGCAGCCUCCACUCGGGCUCCCACCACCACUACUACUACGACACGCACACCAACACCUACUACAUGCGCACCUUCGGGCACAACACCAUCGACGCCGUGCCCAGGAUCGACUACUACCGGCACACGGCCGCCGGCCUGGGAGAGAAGCUCAUCCGGCCCAGCCUGGCCGAGCUCCACGACGAGCUGGACAAGGAACCAUUUGAGGAUGGAUUUGCAAAUGGAGAAGAAGGAACUCCCACUGGAGAAGCUACUGCCCCUUACGCCGCUGAUAGUAAAGGGAUUGUCAAAUUUGGUUGGAUUAAAGGUGUAUUGGUACGAUGUAUGUUGAAUAUCUGGGGUGUGAUGCUCUUCAUUCGACUGUCCUGGAUUGUAGGACAUGCUGGCAUAGGACUUGCAGUUUUGGUCAUUGCCAUGGCUACUGUUGUAACUACGAUCACAGGCUUAUCUACAUCAGCAAUAGCUACCAAUGGCUUCGUAAGAGGAGGAGGAGCAUAUUACCUAAUUUCCAGAAGCCUGGGCCCAGAAUUUGGCGGUGCAAUUGGGCUGAUCUUUGCCUUUGCUAAUGCUGUAGCUGUAGCCAUGUAUGUAGUUGGUUUUGCAGAGACAGUUGUAGAACUACUUAAGGAACAUGAAGUUCUUAUGUUGGAUCCCAUGAAUGACAUCAGAAUUAUAGGAGCAAUUACAAUUGUUAUUUUGUUGGGCAUAUCUGUAGCAGGAAUGGAAUGGGAAGCAAAAGCACAGAUUGUUCUGCUGGUAAUCCUGCUAAUAGCCAUUGCUGACUUCAUCAUAGGAUCAUUUAUUCCAUUUGAGAGUAAGAAGGCUAAAGGCUUUUUUGGCUACAAAGCUGAAAUAUUUUCUGAGAAUUUUGGUCCAGAUUUCCGAGGUGAUGAAACAUUCUUUUCAGUAUUUGCUAUAUUUUUCCCAGCUGCAACAGGCAUUUUGGCAGGUGCAAAUAUCUCAGGUGAUCUUGCGGAUCCUCAAUCAGCCAUACCUAAAGGAACACUUCUGGCCAUCUUAAUUACUACAAUAGUUUACAUGGGAAUUGCAGUAUCAGUAGGGUCUUGUGUUGUUCGAGAUGCCUCCGGGAGCAUAAAUGAUACAAUUAUCCAUGAGCUGUCAAACUGUACUACAGCAGCUUGCAAACUGAACUUUGAUUUCUCCUCCUGUGUAAAGGCAGAUACCUGUCGUUAUGGGCUGAUGCACAACUUCCAGGUGAUGAGUAUGGUAUCAGGAUUUGCACCUCUGAUAUCUGCUGGCAUAUUUUCUGCUACCCUUUCUUCAGCUUUGGCAUCUCUUGUCAGUGCACCUAAAAUCUUCCAGGCUUUGUGCAAGGACAAUAUUUAUCCAGGUUUCCUAAUGUUUGCUAAAGGCUAUGGGAAGAAUAAUGAACCAUUGCGAGGAUAUCUUCUUACUUUCCUGAUUGCGCUUGGAUUCAUAUUGAUCGCUGAACUGAAUGUAAUUGCUCCAAUUAUCUCCAACUUCUUCUUGGCUUCCUAUGCCUUAAUUAACUUCUCUGUAUUCCAUGCUUCGCUUGCAAAAUCUCCAGGUUGGCGUCCUGCUUUUAAAUACUACAACAUGUGGGUGUCAUUAGUUGGAGCAAUACUUUGCUGUAUAGUGAUGUUUGUCAUUAACUGGUGGGCAGCACUCCUCACAUAUGUCAUUGUUCUAGGACUCUACAUUUAUGUAACUUACAAGAAGCCAGAUGUCAAUUGGGGAUCUUCAACACAAGCCUUGACUUACCUAAAUGCUUUGCAGCAUGCUGUCCGCCUUACAGGUGUGGAAGAUCAUGUGAAAAACUUCAGGCCACAAUGCCUUGUAAUGAGUGGUCCUCCAAAUUCACGUCCUGCUUUGCUGCAUCUGGUCCAUGCAUUUACUAAAAAUGUAGGUCUGAUGAUCUGUGGCCAUGUACAUAUGAGCCCUCGUAGGCAGGCUAUGAAGGAAUUGACGACAGACAUGCCAAAGUACCAGCGGUGGCUUAUUAAAAACAAAAUGAAAGCAUUUUAUGCUCCAGUACGUGCAGAAGAUUUGAGAGAUGGUGCACAAUACUUAAUGCAGGCUGCAGGCUUGGGUAGAAUGAGACCAAACACACUUGUGCUUGGAUUUAAGAAAGAUUGGCAGACAGCUGACAUGAAUGAAGUUGACAUUUACAUCAAUUUACUACAUGAUGCCUUUGACAUUCAGUAUGGAGUCGUUGUAAUACGUCUGAGAGAAGGUCUGGAUAUUUCUCAUCUGCAGGGACAAGAAGAAGUGCUGUCAUCCCAAGAGAAAUCGCCAGUAACAAAAGACAUAAUAGUAAAUGUGGACUACAGCAAGAAGCCUGAGACAGUGACUUCAAAACCUGUGAGUGAAAAGGCUCCUAUCCAUAAAGAAGAGGAAGAAGAUGUCAAGACCCCAACACAACCACUUUUGAAAAAAGACCCUAAAGGCCUGCCUAUUCCCUUGAACUUGGCUGAUCAAAGACUGCUUGAUGCAAGCUCUCAAUUUCAGAAAAAACAAGGAAAAAAUAAUAUUGAUGUUUGGUGGCUUUUUGACGAUGGAGGUUUAACACUCCUGAUUCCAUAUCUUCUGACAACAAAGAAAAAAUGGAAAGACUGUAAGAUCAGGGUAUUCAUUGGUGGAAAAAUAAACAGAAUAGAUCACGACAGAAGAGCGAUGGCUACAUUGCUCAGCAAAUUUCGAAUAGAUUUCUCAGAUAUCAUGGUCCUGGGUGACAUCAAUACAAAGCCAAAGAAAGAAAACAUUGCUGCUUUUGAAGAAAUGAUAGAGCCUUUCAGACUUCAUGAAGAUGAUAAAGAGCAAGAUGUUGCAGAUAAAAUGAAAGAAGAUGAGCCUUGGAGAAUCACAGAUAAUGAACUUGAGCUGUACAAAACCAAGAGUCACCGCCAGAUUAGAUUAAAUGAAUUACUGAAAGAACAUUCAAGCACAGCUAAUCUAAUUGUUAUGAGUUUGCCAGUUGCACGGAAGAGUGCAGUCUCGAGCGCGCUCUACAUGGCCUGGAUCGAGGCGCUCUCAAAAGAUCUGCCCCCGGUUCUCCUCGUCCGUGGAAAUCACCAGAGUGUUCUUACUUUCUAUUCCUAAACACGGCCGCAGGACUUGCAGCUGUGAUGAAAUGGUACUUCAGUGCCUAAAGGGGAGAGACUCAGAUGUCUGGCUGAAAUAUUAACAUCACACACAGGCGAAA